CAACAAGUAAAAACGAGAGUGGAGUACAAAAAUAGGAAUAAAUCUCUUGCUCAACGCCGCAGAGAAAGUAGACCGCGCACGGGAAUGGCAGGAGAGGCCAGACUGGCAAGAGGUCCUGUUGACCAAUACGGGUGUGUCAGGUGGGGCCCAGCAGAUUUGCCAGAGGGGGAGACCGAGGCAACGUUGGAGAAUAUAAAGAGGGAUCUGCUGAACAUCUACUCAGGCAUGCCAUCUAUUGUCUUUUGGGAGGAAGGAAUGAGUGGGGCAGAGAGAGCAGAACCAAUGAUGGAAAAGACAUACGUCAUCCUGCGGAAAUACCUUAACAAAGUGCCUGCUGCAGCGAUGUCUGAGAUCAAACAGGAAUGGCCAUUUCUCUUCUCUCAGAAAUGCCUAUUCUCGCACUUUGGCCUCCUGACGGACGUCGAUGUCCUUCAGAAGCUACAGGAGGCAAUUAGUCGACGAGGACAGACCAUCCUGGAUUACUGUGCAACACUGGACAACCCCAAGAUCCGUGAUGUUCUGGCCUGCUAUGAUCCAGACUCUGACAAGGCUGCCUGCAUUCUGCUGCUCCUAAUGUUGUACUUCAAAGAGCCGAAAGAGAGUUUGAUGCUUGAAGUUGAUCCAUGUGCCACUGCUGUGGACGUCAAUACUGCAGAACUCCCCGGAACCCCCUGCUUGAUCAUUCAAGGUGUCAUGAUGAAGCCCUCUGGAUGGCUUAUAUCCAUCGAGGGACAUGUCGUGAUGGGCCCACACCCUUUCUUUUUACACGGAGUAGCUGCUUUCUUCAGCAGCUAUUACGUAUUCAACCUUGAGUAUCCUGCCGCUGGAUCUUCGACACUGGAGUUCAUUCAAAGAUGCUUCCUGGGCAUCAAUCCUGAAAGAGGCUCAAAGACCAAGAAGCGGACAACAAUGAACCCUCAUGUGAGCACCCUUUUGAGGAAACUUAUUGACUUUGAGUGGGCAUCAUAGUUUUUUUUUUUUUUGCAGCGGUAGUUGUCAGGCUCAGUUUUGAGUAGCCUUGUUCUUUUUGUAAUUUUUCAAGACAACUUUGCACUACAAGAUUUUUACACAAUGCUGUUGCGUGUGGACUCAUUAUAAUGUUUGAGACUGAGAGGAGUGCCUGACAUUACUUCAUCGCUCUCUCCCUUGCUCUCUUAUCUUGCCAUGAAGGCCUCAUUCUCAUCCUGUCCAUUACUGUUAUUGUGACACAGCUAGUUGAAUAGUUGAAUUUUGCGACAGGUAGUUGAAUUGCAAGUUUGCACAAUUUCUCUGGAU